AUGACCCGCUGCAGCGCCCGCGCCUUCGGCACCUCCGCCGUCCGCGCCGAUGACAGCCUGCCGAAGAACUGGAACGAGGCGAUCCAGCAGGUGAACAAGAGCUUCAACGCCGGUGUCAAGGACGCCGCCAGCGCGAUGGAGUCGUCUCUCGAUGACAUCUCCAAGAACGCCAAGCCAUACGCUGAGGACAUUGCCAACCGCCUCAAGGCCGUGUUCGGGGACAAGGCGCCCUCGGCCAAGGACGUCCAGAAGGAGCUUGAGCAGUCGGCCAAGCAGGCGUACCAGGCUGUCGAGGAGACCGCCAAGGAGGUCUCCGGCGACGCCAACACUGCGUCCAAGCUCGACAGCCAAUUCGCCAGUGACUUCAGCAAGGCCGCCAACCAGCGCGCCAGCGACCUCAAGAAGGCCCUCAACUCCAACAACUAA